GGCAGGAAAACUUGUUAGGGUCCCUUGGGUUCGGUUCUAUGGCAGUUGAGAAGAGCAAUGCACCAGAAGCUAGGAUGGAAAGAAGGGAAGGAAACGGGUUGGUUUUCCAUGGUGCUUACAGUGCCAGCAUACUGGGCUGCCCAACAUACAGGACAGUUCGCCUCUACCCCAUGCAAUGCUUCUCUGCUAUGACGCCCUAUCAGUGCCCGCUGGGGAAGACCCGAAGAUACAUCCGCAUAUUCUGUACUGGCCUCUUGGGAGUCAACUUUGUCCUGCUGCUCUGCUUGUCCCCUUUACACUGGGUGCAGUUUGUGGUGCUGAAAGAGGAGAAGGUCUUGACAGGACUCUGGACUGUGUGUGACAAUGAUCUCUGCUGGAAUCACACACCAAAGGCAUCUUACUACUUCUACCUCGCCAGGAUCUUAUUCCUCAUCUCUGCCCUCGUCAUCUUCAUUAUUCUUCUACGGCUCAUCACCUCUUUCACCAAAGAGACAGGAGACAAGAUCUACAUAGAUCUGGGCAUAUCCAUCUCCAGUUUCAUCUCAGGUAUCUGCCUACUCCUCUGCCUCGUUUUGUUCCUCAUACAAGUGAAAUUGUACAGCAGGAAUAUCUUGGAGUUCCAGUUCCUGUUAGUCUACUACCUCAAUUGGUGCGGCAGUGUCUUCUACAUGACAGUAGGGUUCCUUUCUGGAUUCAGUCACAUAAGUUAAUCAGGUUUCUCCACCACAUCAAAAUCUCCUCAUGAUCCCUAUGACAAGGACAAGGAUGGAUAACAUAGAUUCAGAAGAAGUGGGCUUAAAUGAGACCAAUGGAGGCUAUUUCCCAUGGAUGAACCAGACACCAGAAAAGCAGUCCAGUGUGGCAGCACAACUGAGGACCCAGAUAGAGGCAGGGACCCAGACAGAGCUAAAGACUCAAACAGGGGCGAAGACUCCAAAAGUGCUAGAAACUCAGACUGAACCAGAGGCCCAGACAGAGUCAGAGAUAGGGAGUGAAUCAGUGGUAGUAGGGUUAAUAGCUCAUGCAAGUUUAGCUACAGAAAUAGAAGGAAUAGACAUAGUAGAGCCAAGGCCUGAGGCAGAGAUAACACGAGGGGAUGUGACUGGUGGUCCAUCAACCAGUAGGCAUGAGGGGAAUCAAAGAAGGUGAUGGAAGACAGGGCUGAAGGGCUGAUGAGGUCAACGCUUCAGUUCAGGAAAAUGAAUGAAAAGACAAAAAAAAAAAUCUUAGAUAUUAGGAAAUAGAAGGAAGAAAUAUUUUUUUAAAAGUCUAGCAGAAAGGUUUCAGGGUUGAAGGUAAUUCAGAGAUAACACUAUAAUGACUAUUGAACACUCCCUAGAUCACCCCUUGUACAUUGAACAAUUCACUAUUAUGGGUAAAAGAAAGUCAUUGUAUGGUUUAGGUCAAAGAUAUCAACAACAUAGAAAUCACAAUGAAAGUGGUGAAAAUCUUAUUAAAGGGAGUUUACAUGUUGGUGUCGUGUACUGUGACUGGGAAAGGCUGCCAAUAGAUGGAUUAUCCAGGUCACGAAAUCUCUCCAGAUUCCUAUAGCUACACAAUGGAACAUCUCAGCAAAACACAAAGCACAUUCAGUUUGGAAAUUCAAACUCAUUUUUGGUCCUUACUAGGCUGACUUUUGGCAAACAUCCAACUUUCUUGGGCCUGUGGUCUUUCAUUGACCAGCUAGACUAUGCAAUCUCCUCUGUUUAUGCCCUUAAAUGAUAAAAGAGAACUUAUUCCUGUUGAUCCUUUUGGUCCCAGGUUAUUUUAAUAGGUACCUCAUUCUAGUUAAAAUAAUUAAAUUCAUUCUAUAUCUCCAAAGCUA